GCCCGCAUGUACAACAUGAUGGAGACGGAGCUGAAGCCGCCGGGCCCGCAGCAAACUUCGGGGGGCGGCGGCGGCGGCGGCGGCGGCAACUCCACCGCGGCGGCGGCGGGCGGCAACCAGAAGAACAGCCCGGACCGCGUCAAGCGGCCCAUGAACGCCUUCAUGGUGUGGUCCCGCGGGCAGCGGCGCAAGAUGGCCCAGGAGAACCCCAAGAUGCACAACUCGGAGAUCAGCAAGCGCCUGGGCGCCGAGUGGAAACUUUUGUCGGAGACGGAGAAGCGGCCGUUCAUCGACGAGGCCAAGCGGCUGCGAGCGCUGCACAUGAAGGAGCACCCGGAUUAUAAAUACCGGCCCCGGCGGAAAACCAAGACUCUCAUGAAGAAGGAUAAGUACACACUGCCCGGCGGGCUGCUGGCUCCGGGCGGCAACAGCAUGGCGAGCGGGGUCGGGGUGGGCGCCGGCCUGGGCGCGGGCGUGAACCAGCGCAUGGACAGCUACGCGCACAUGAACGGCUGGAGCAACGGCAGCUACAGCAUGAUGCAGGACCAGCUGGGCUACCCGCAGCACCCGGGCCUCAACGCGCACGGCGCCGCGCAGAUGCAGCCCAUGCACCGCUACGACGUGAGCGCCCUGCAGUACAACUCCAUGACCAGCUCGCAGACCUACAUGAACGGCUCGCCCACCUACAGCAUGUCCUACUCGCAGCAGGGCACUCCUGGCAUGGCGCUUGGCUCCAUGGGCUCGGUGGUCAAGUCCGAGGCCAGCUCCAGCCCCCCCGUGGUUACCUCUUCCUCCCACUCCAGGGCGCCCUGCCAGGCCGGGGACCUCCGGGACAUGAUCAGCAUGUACCUCCCCGGCGCCGAGGUGCCGGAGCCCGCCGCCCCCAGCAGACUUCACAUGUCCCAGCACUACCAGAGCGGCCCGGUGCCCGGCACGGCCAUUAACGGCACACUGCCCCUCUCGCACAUGUGAGGGCUGGACAGUGAACUAGAGGGGGGGAGGAAUUUUCAAAGAAGAACGAGGGAAAUGGGAGGAGAGUAAGAAACAGCAUGGAGAAAAAAAAAACCCGGUACGCU